GUUCACCAGAGGAAACACCGAUGCACGCCAUGCUUUCCCUCCCAGCUGCUGCUCUGUGCGCCCUGUGUUCAGCGCUGGUUGCCAUGGCAGCACAGCUGACUCAGGAGGACCUGACAUUGACCAGGAGAGUUGGUGGGAAAGUUUCCUUCAGCUGUCGAGGCACUGAACAGUGUAACAGUUAUUAUGUAUUCUGGUACCAGAAGAGAGACACAGAAACAUUCACACGGAUUCUUCGUAUUAAUAAGAGAAAUGGAGACACAUAUAAGGGGUACAAUCAUCCUCAGAAAGAUGAUUUCACAGCUGUGAAUAAAGACGGCUGGGAUUUGGAGAUACAGAAAGUUAAACCCAGUCAUUCAGCCUCCUACUACUGCUCCUGCUAUUACUAUGGUUACUUCAUCUUUGGCUCUGGGACCAAACUGUACGUAACAGGUGAGGAGGUGGUGAAGCCCGUGGUGAGCGUGUACCCAGCAGCAUCCAGCGCCAACCUGGAGGGGAGGAGCUCCCUGCUGUGUCUGGCCUCCUCCAUGUUUCCUCCUCUGGUCCGGUUCUCCUGGAAAAGACAGAAGGAGAACGGUCCUCUGGUGGAGAUGCUCCCUGCUGAGGCAGAGCAGCUGGAGCUCACAGAGUCCGGACGCACCGCCGCCAUCUUGCUGGUCCAUCAGCAGGAGAACAGCCGCUAUCGAUACCGCUGCUGCGUCCAUCACGAGGGGGGAAGGGUGGAGGCCCAGACCGAGCAAGAGGUCAGAGUUCCUUCAUCAGCUCCUCCAUCAGCUCUUCCAUCAUCUCCUCCAUCAUCUCCUCCAUCAGCUCCAGGCCCGUCUCCGUACCAGGUGAAGCUGCUGUGCCGGCUCUACGUGGGGCUGGUAGUGAAGAGCCUGGUGUUCUGCUGUGGAGUCUCUCUGGUGAUGGUCCUCAGGAACACUGCUCACAUGUAGGACUUCUCUCCUCUUCACCUCCAUCCGUUAGUCCCUUUGAUCAGCAGUCAUUAACAUCUGCUUCCAGGUGAUGCUGAUGUUCAGAUGUUAAACACCACCAUCCUAAAGGUAUGAAUACAUACACCUGUGUAUUCUACUGACAUUUACUGUCAUUAUUUCUACUGUUAAUUACAGUAUUUCUACUUAAACAUCUUGUAUAAUGAUGGAACAUGAUGCGGAAUCAUCAGCUGUCUGUUAAAUAUUCUGAUUUUCCGUCUAAUGAAUGUUGAUUAUCUGAUUGUUGGGAUCCUGAAGUGAUGGUUUUAUACGUAAUAUUGAUGAAGUCUAUUUGUGGUCGUUGUGUUUUCUGCUUCAGUUUGUUUCUUCAUGCAUUGAACACGUUAUGAA